AGCUGAUGACAUUAAAUCCCACUUGGUGCACGCAAUGGAGUCAGCAAAUAUAAUUGUCUCUACAGGUUCAGUUUCAAUGGGUGAAAAAGAUUUAUUAAAGCCCAUUCUUCAACAAGAUUUUGAUGCAAAGAUUCAUUUUGGACGAGUGCAUAUGAAACCCGGGAAACCCACAACUUUUUCCUCAGCUAUGUAUAAUGGAGAAAAGAAGUUAAUAUUUAGCCUUCCAGGCAAUCCAGUUUCUGCAUAUGUUUGCUUCUAUCUUUUUGUUAUACCCUGCAUCAAAAAACUAAUGGGUUAUGAAGAGCCAGAACAUAAAUAUAUUAAAGUAGAGCUGGGGCAUGACGUUAACUUGGAUGAACGACCAGAAUUUUACAGAGUGUCCUUAACACCCGGGACUAAUAGUACAUUCAUAGCUCACAGCACAGGCAGUCAGCAAAGCAGUCGCCUAUUAAGUAUGCAGAAUGCUGAUGCAUUGCUUGUUCUGCCCCCAAGAACAGAUGAACAGAAUAGUCUAAAAACAGGCUCCAUUGUCAAUGCUAUUCUUUUACAAAAGAUUUAGGAUGUCAACAUAAAGAGAUUUGUUAUCUUGUUAUCAAGAGCAAUAUGAAUUGCUUUUGUGGCCAAAUCUAUUUUACUUACAUAAAAUGCUCCUAAUCUUAAAAUACCAUUUGUUGUUAAAAUUGUGCAUAAAAAGAAUAUUUACAUCUAUAAAUGAAGUUUGUUGUUGAUAAUUUAUAAAUUUUAAUUUUUUUAAUAAAAGUUAUUCAUUUUUCUA